AUGGUAGAAGGCAGUGUUGGACUAGCAAAGGCAAUGCUUUUGAAUCUGUGUUUAAAAGCUAUUGAUCGAUCUAUCCUGGAAACUAUUCUUUGCAAAGAAAGUUCCAAUGAUAUUUGGGAUUCAAUGAAGAAGAAAUAUCAAGGCUCUUCUAGAAUGAAACGUGCACAACUUCAGGCCUUGAGAAAGGAAUUUGAAGUUCUACAGAUGAAGAAUGGUGAAUCUGUAACCAACUAUUUUGCAAAGAUCAUGACUGUAGCAAAUAAAAUGCGGUUCCAUGGUGAAAAGAUGGAAGAUGUUGUCAUUGUUGAGAAGAUAUUGUGGUCCAUGACACCCCAGUUCAAUUAUGUUGUCUGUUCAAUUGAAAAAUCCAAGGAUGUAGGCACACUCUCCCUUGAUGAACUCCAAAGUUCUCUACUGGUCCAUGAAUAG